AUGACAGCUGACGCGAGUGGCGUGGGGGUGGGCGCGGUGAUCUCCCACUUGACGCCGGACGGCGAGAGGCCCGUGGCGUAUGCCUCACGCUCGCUCAGUGCAACCGAGCGAGCGUACGCGCAAAUAGAUAGGGAGGCUCUGGCUAUUGUGUAUGGAAUUAGAAAGUUUCAUCAGUAUUUGUAUGGUCGGAAAUUCACUCUCAGAACCGACCACAAACCCUUAACGUAUAUAUUAGGCAAUAAAGCAGGCAUUCCUAUUAUGGCGGCAUCACGCUUGCAGAGGUGGGCCGUACUGUUAUCGGGAUACAAUUAUGAUAUAGAAUAUGUCGCAUCACACAAGAAUUGCGCCGACGCGCUGUCGCGGUUACCGCAAACCGGUUUCGAGCAGACUAGAGCCGUGGAAAAGACUUAUAUGCAUUUCGUUGAGCAAUUUUUACCGAUAACAAAUAAGGAUGUAAAAGUUGCAACUUCAAAAGAUACUAUUAUGCGCCGCGUAAUGUCGUACGUUCAAACUGGCUGGCAAAAUGUAUGUAAGGACGACGCGAUAAGACCUUUUCAUAACAAACGCAAUGAGUUAUACAUAGAUCGUGGGUGUCUUAUGUGGGGUUAUAGAUUAGUCAUACCUCAAAGUUUAAGGGAAAAAGUAUUAAGGCAGUUGCACAUGAGUCAUAUGGGCAUAGUUAAAACUAAAUCUAUAGCUCGAAGCUAUGUGUGGUGGCCCAAUAUAGACGCGGACUUAGAAGCAGUUUGCAAACAAUGUGAGACAUGUGCAGCGGAGGCGCAGAUGCCGUCGCGCGCCCCCCCGAAACCUUGGCCGUAUCAUACUCAGCCUUGGAGUCGGAUACAUAUAGAUUUCCUGGGACCGUUGAACGGUAAAACUUAUUUAGUACUUGUCGAUGCCAGCAGUAAAUGGCUCGAAUACUUAGAAGCACAUUUGCACGAUUUGGACUGCCAAUGGAAGUCGUAUCGGACCAGGGACCCCCGUUUACGAGCUGUGAGUUUCAGGAGUUUUUUGAAUAACAAUGGCAUUCAACAAUCUUUCUCGCCUGCUUAUCACCCUGCGUCGAAUGGGGCGGCCGAGAACGCGGUCAAACUUUGCAAACAGGUGAUAAAAAAAGCUAAUAGGGAAUCGAUAGAUACUGAUGCGGCUUUGCAAACGUUUUUGCUAUCAUAUAGGAACAGCAUCCAUAGUAGUACGGGCGACACGCCCGCCAUGCUGCUGCAGCGGCGGCCGUUGCGCUCGAGACUGGACCUAUUGCGCAGUGAUAGUGCACGCGAGCAGAGCGUCAGGCGCGCGCAGCAUCGUCAGCUGCAAAAUGCAGGCGGCGUAAUCCGCGCGCUCGCCCCCGGUGAGCCGGUGUGGGCUAGGGGUUUCAGCGGGCCAGACAAAUGGCACAAGGGCACAGUAGUGGGCAGCGAAGGUUCGCGGAGGUACAUAGUGGAUAGCGGUGACGGUCGACUAAUGUACAGGCACGUUGAUCAAGUGAAGCGCAGGUCUAGAAUGUCUGACGUUCCAUGUCCCGGUAAGGAGAGUUAUAGGAGUGAGGAAGCUGGGGGUCAUGCAGAAGUGACGGCGGAGGCGGAGGUCGCGGGUGAGACCGAGGACGGGGUUUUAACAUCCCCUGCCGGUGAGGGCCUCAUUUCUAGUGAGUGUUCAUCGAGCACUCAACAGAGUGAGCCUAACUUGGCACAGCCGCCGUUUUCCCGUGAGGGUAACAUUGUUGGAUGCGGCAGCAAAAUAAGAGAUUUGUACUAUAUGGAGUGCUCUAAAUGCAAACAGACAUAUGACCUGGUAUGCAUAAAUAUUGACAAAGAUCACUUCAAGGACCUGUCACAUUCAUAUAAAGAAAAUUGGCUCUGCCCAUCUUGCGUAUGCUCGCGACCAAAAGGAGAUAACACGUCCACACCAGUACGUUCGCCCAACAACAAAUGCAAUAAUGUAAACACGCUCCGCGGAAGUAGACACCCAGUGACAAAGCCCUCUACUACUAAGGAUGUGCCGUCGACAAAUAUCAAAAUGUCAAAGCUGGUAUCUGAAUUACGUCAACUUAGGCAAGAAGUGAUCGAAGUGAAGCAACAAAACUUGGAAAUAAAAAAACACAUGUCCUGA